UGCACAAAUGCAGGCGUGAGACGCGGUGUCGAAAUGCGUGUGGAAACAGCAUGUCCGAUAGCAGGCUUGUCCAGAACGGAAUCGCUCCAGAUUUCUGCGUUUUGCACAUCCUACUCUCAAGCUGCUUUCCCUCGACCUGCUUUGGCCCUUCGGCGCUCGCUCACAACCGUAAAUACUAUCCUGCUACCUUCGCUACAGUGGCGCCGGGGAGUCGAAGUUCUCAUCCGUGGCUUGAGCCUCGGUCAACGCAUUCGCUAGUCCCUUUUUGUCAGAAGGGCCAAAAUGCCGUCGGAUACGCCGAGGAGAACGCCUGGCUCAGUCAGCAAGACCCCAAAGUCGCAGCAGACUACUCUCACUUCCUUCUUUACGGUCCCAAACAAGAGCCAGCAAGGAACCCCUACCCAUUUGCCCUUGAAACAAAGUGGUGCCACGAACGGGAAAGGAAGCUUCGCGACAUCUAGUCCACGAGUCCCAACGCCUACCGCAACUACUGACGCGAGUGCACCGCAAGAUGACGAGGAUGACGAUGCCGAAAUCAUCCCCUUCCGCAAGCGUCUGAGGAAGAGAAACAGCAUGGUGUACGCAGAAUCCGACGACGAAGACGUCGAAAACCGCAUUACUGAUCAGCCUCGCUCGGCUAAAAGGAACGGUGGUACCGCCAAGCGCCUGAGGGUCUCCAAAGACGACGAGGAUGACAAGGAUUGGGAUGCGGGGAAGGACGAGGAUAUGGAUUUGAUAGCAGACGAUGCGCUCUAUGACAUGAUGGAUGUGGUUGAGGCCAGUGGCAUUGUGGACGAAGACAAUGAUGAAGCCGUGGUUCCUUCGCGCGCGUCACAGCCCUCAGCGGCCUUCACUCCCUACAAAGCGAGCACUCAGUCGACAUCGACCGGAAGCGCUGCUCCCACGCCAAAUUCCUCCUCGUCCAGACUCAAGCAGUUCAGUUUGGCCCCAAAAACUUUGCGCAAGAGUUCAAUUGUAUCGAGUCCGCUGGAUACGGACAAGAAGCAAACUCGCGCUCAAAAGUUCAAGGAGAAGAAUGAUGAGCGGUACUCCUGGCUGCUUAACCCUAAAGACGCGGAAGGAAGAUCUCCAACCGAUGAAGACUACGACCCGCGAACCCUCCUAGUACCCCGCGAAGCAUGGAAGAACUUCACGCCUUUCGAGAAGCAGUUUUGGGAGAUCAAAGCUAACCACUGGGACACUGUUGUGUUCUUCAAGAAAGGAAAGUUCUUCGAGCUUUAUGAGAAGGAUGCAGACAUUGGACACCAACACUUUGACCUCAAGCUGACCGAUCGCGUCAACAUGCGGAUGGUUGGUGUGCCUGAAAGCUCGUUCGAUCACUGGGCCGCUCAGUUCUUGGCCAAGGGCUACAAAGUAGCUAAAGUCGACCAAACCGAAACAGCCGUAGGCAAAGCCAUGCGCGACCGCGACAACUCCGCCACAUCGCAUCUUGGCAAGAAGAGCGCGCCCGAGGAGAAAACCAAGGUCAUCAAUCGCGAACUGACGUGCAUCCUGACGACGGGCACAUUGAUCGACUCGGGGCUGCUUACGAAUGAUAUGGGGACGUAUUGUAUGGCGAUUAAGGAGGUGCAGGAGGCGGAGCAUUUGCCGCCUUCUUUUGGUGUGGCUUUCGUGGACACCGCUACGGCAGAAUUCUCCUUUUGCGCUUUUGAGGAUGAUGUCGAGCGCACGCGGUUAGAGACGCUGGUUAUGCAGCUGAAGCCUCGGGAGCUGGUUCUCGAGAAGGGGCGAUUCAGCAAACCCUCAAUGAGGCUCUUGAAGAACAAUUUACAGAAUCUCGCCAUAAACUUCCUCAUCCCAGAGAAAGAGUUCUACACCGCCGAAUAUGCGCUCGACGAACUCCGCGCGCGCAACUACUUCCAAAACGAAGCCGACUGGCCCAAAGCCAUCGACAUGGCCAGACCCCUCGCCAGAGAAGCCUUCGGCGGCCUGCUCUCCUACCUCCGCACCCUUAUGAUCGACCGCCAACUUGUCUCAGCGCGCAAUUUCCACAUCUACGACCCCAUCCGGCAAUCCGGCUCCCUCAUUCUCGACGGGCAAACCCUCAUCAAUCUCGAGAUCUUUGAAAACACCCACGACGGCUCCGACACGGGCACAUUGCAUAAACUGCUCAACCACGCCGAGACGCCGUUCGGGAAACGGUUGUUCAAGAAAUGGGUGUGUCACCCGUUGAGGGAUGUGAGGCGGAUUGAGGAUCGGUUGGAUGCGUCGGAGGAUCUGAAUGCGGUGCCCGGGCAGUUGGAGAAGGUGGAGGGGGAUCUGAGGGGGUUGCCGGAUUUGGAGAGGGUUAUUUCGAGGAUUCAUGCGGGGAGUGUGAGGGUUAGGGAGUUUGUGGCGGCCUUGGCUGCUUUUAGGACUAUUGGGGAAAUGAUGGAAGAUAUGCAGACGUACCUUCCGAGCUUCCGUUCCAAGCAACUCCAUUCCAUCUUCGAAAACGCUCUCCCUGCCCACCUCGUGGAAAGCCUCAACUACUUCGCCGACGCCUUCGACCACCGCAAAGCCACCGAAUCCGACCUGAUCCACCUCCACCGCGGCUACGACGAAGAAUUCGACCAAGCCUGCGAAGCCAUCGAAGCCGUAGAAGCAAAACUCGAGCGUCAUCGCGUCGAAUGCGAGCGCACCCUCAAAUGCAAGAUCGUGUUCAAGGAUAUGGGCAAGGAGCUCUUCCAGAUGGAGAUGCCCAAGAAAGUAAACGUGCCCCGCGACUGGCAGAUCAAAUCCAAUACCGCGGCGGUUAGUCGGUGGUGGAGCCCGCGCGGUGAGGAGCUCGUGAGGGAGUUUUUGGAGGCGAGGGAGGUUCGCGACGCUGCGGUGCGGAAUGUGAAGGCGAGGCUGUGUAAGCGGUUUGACGAGCAUUAUCAGGACUGGUUGCGGGUUGUGGGCAAGAUUGCUGAGUUGGACUGUUUGAUUAGUCUGGCGAGGUGUGCGCGGUUUGUGGGGGAGCCGAUGUGCAGGCCGGAGUUUGUGGAGAUGGAGGAGAACGGGAAUGGUGGUAGUGGACCGUUAUUGGAGAUUGAUGAAAUGCGACAUCCGUGUAUCACUACGGGUCCCGGAUCGAGCAAGAUCGACUUUAUACCCAACGAUCUUCAUUUCGGAGCGGGUGCAACCGGCGACGACCCAUCCACUGCAACCAGCAAGCCCAACAUGGUCCUCCUCACCGGCCCCAACAUGGGCGGCAAAUCCACACUCCUCCGCCAAACCUGCAUCGCAGUCAUCAUGGCCCAACUCGGCUGCCACGUCCCCGCGCGGCGGUGCCGCCUCACCGUCUUCGACCGCAUCUUCACCCGCCUCGGCGCCAACGACAAGAUCCUCGCCGGCCAAUCCACAUUCAUGGUCGAGCUCGCCGAGACCUGCAAGAUCAUGAAGGAAGCGACGCCGCGCUCGCUCGUCAUUCUGGAUGAACUCGGCAGGGGAACGUCUACCUUUGACGGGUACGCCAUCGCCUAUGCGGUCCUGCACCACCUCGUCACGCGCGUGCGGUGUCUCGGCCUGUUCUCCACCCACUACCGCCAGCUCACGACCGAGUUUGCGGCCAACCCCUUGGUCGCGAUGAUGUACAUGGGCUACAUGACCGACGAAGAGAAGCGCGAGGUCGUGUUUCUGUACAAGCUGACCCGCGGGACGUGUCCGAAGAGUUAUGGGAUGAAUGUCGCGAGCAUGGCGGGGGUCCCCGAGGGGAUUGUGAGGAGGGCUGAGGAGGUUGCGAGGGGGUUCAGCGGGUUGAAGGAGGUCAAGGGGGCGGGGGUUGCGGGCAGGGGGACGAGGGGGGAUGUGGUGCGGUUGGCGAAUUUUGCGGAUCUGGUGAGGGUUGCCGGUGCGGGUGGGGGCGAGGCGAAGGGAGUAGUGCCGCCGAAAUGUGUUGUGGACACUAUCUGGCGUAGUUUGCAGAGUGGCACGGCGUGAGUGGAAGGCACUGCGAAACGAUUUUUCGGCAUUUGUUCUUGCGGCGCUUUUGCAUGGGAUGUAUGUAGUAUUGUGAGAAGUACGAGGUAUUACCCCCGACCUCGACGGUGGGACAUAGGACACUGGCUGGGCGAUGUAUAUACAUGCAUAUGAAUCCACGGAAGAAUGGACAUUUACGAAGGAGCAAUAGCGAUGAUGAUCUUUGCGUGGAUGAGCGUUUGAAGGCGAGGCUAAAGCAAGAUCACACAAUUCACCAUGC